AUCACCGUAUUGGUCGCCUGGAUGGAGCGACUGCGCUCCAGUGAGCGGUUAUAGCGCAUAAUGAUGCGUUGUGUGGCCGUGUGGUCCAUGUGUGGGAUGAACGUACAAGUCCGCUGCGUAAAAGUGGACAGGUGUAGCGCGCCGUGCUGAUUUGGUGGAAUUAAAAGAAGAAAAGAAAAACCGCCCAAACACUGAUGUGAUAUUAUUUGUGGAGCCACCGCUGCUCUCUGCAUCUGCACCACCACCACCCUCCCGCUGUAAUAUUUAUGACAAAACGGAGGGCAAAUUAUUCUGGUCACGUUUUUUGGCUGACAGCCGGCUGUCCUGGAGAAGCUCUGGAGUGAAUCUGGGUCCAGUGUGUUGGAGAUAGCGCAGCGCACCGACACCUGCAGUAGGAUGUAAAAGGGGAAUUCCCACUCAACCACCAAACUGAAUCGACCACAGAUCUGGCCAUCAUCCUCAUCGCUGUCUCAUUUGAGCCAGAAGGAAAAGAAAGACAGAGCAUGGUGUGGCGUGGCGGCCGCUGUUGCUAUGUGUGAGGGAGUGCUGUGGCGUCAAUGGAGACCGAAGGCUAUCGUGACCUCCUGGAGACCAGCGAUGGUCAGGGGGUAGGCCUGCUGGAUGGAGGGGGCGAGGUGGGGGUGGAGGAUAGCUGGAGCACGCCCUACCCCCUGGGCUUCCAGGUGUCUUUGACCACCGUGCUGAUGCUGGAGCUGGUGUUGGGCUUCAGCAGCAACCUGACGGUACUCGUGCUCUACUGCGCUCAGUCCAACCUGGUGGAUUCAGUCAGCAACCUGGUCACAGUCAACCUCCACGUGUUGGACAUACUGGUCUGUCUGCUGUGUCUGCCGCUGACCGUGGCUGUGAUCCUGCUGCCGGCUAAUGAGAGUGGAGUCGGCAGCCUGGCCACGCUGUGCUGCUUUCAUGAGGCCUGUGUCACUUUUACCAGUGUGGCCACAGCAGUCAACGUGCUGGUGAUCAGUCUGGACCGAUACGACAUCUCAGUGCGUCCAGCCAGUCGUCUGCUGACCCCCCGGCGUGCAGCACUGCUCCUGGCAGCAGUGUGGGCCGUGUCUCUGGCUGUCUUCUUCCUGCCCUUCCUGGAGGGGGAUUUCUUCUCUACGACGGUCGAGGACAGUGAUGAUGAAGAGCCAGGAGGGCAGAACAAUGACUCUGAGCUCACCACUAGACUGACCCCCAUUUUUCCCUCCAUCUCUCCUUCCUCUUUACCCACAACUCCUCCUUCCUCCCCUUCACACCACCUCACUCCAGUAUGGCAGAACAGGACACUGCUGUGCGUAGGAGGCCAGGGGUAUUACACAGGCAUGGCUAUGUAUUACCACUUGUUACUCCAGGUGCCAUGCUUCUUCAUCGCCGUGGCGGUCAUGUUGUUCACCUACUCCAAGAUCCUGCAGGCCCUCAACAUUCGCAUAGGCUCCCACAUGAUGAGGGGCACGCGUUCCAAGGACUCCACCUGCAGGAUACGCUGCAGGAGGCGGAAGAAGAAGGACCUGAGCCUGCCCACGGAGGUUGUGUCCUCCAACCAGAACCAGAACCUCUCCCAUCCUCCUCUCAUCCCCUCCCUCACCCCUACACCAACAUCGCCCCCACCACUCACCUCCUUGCCCCAGGUGAUGUCUGACAGUGGAGCAACAGUCACCACUGUCAGCACCGCUGCCACCACCCCCAUCGCCACCACGCCGGCCACCCCUGCUUCCCCAACCCCAGCUUCAGCCUCAACGCAGACCCACGCCACCACACCGCUGCCCGCCUCCACCUUGGGCGUACAGGCCUCGGUUUCCGCCAUCAUCGCCUUGAGGCGGGCAGUGCGCAGGCACAGGGACCGUCGGGAGCGUCAACGUCGCGUCCUAAAAAUGUCCCUACUCAUCAUAUCCACCUUCCUGGGAUGCUGGGCCCCUCUGUCCGCUGUCAACGUUCUGAUCCUGUGCAUGGGUCCCAGCGACGGCCUGGUGCGGCUGCGCCUCUGGUUCUUGGCGAUGGCUUACGGAACCACUAUUUUUCAUCCUCUGCUCUAUGCUUUCACCAGGCAGAAGCUGCGCCGUGCCCUCAAAACACGUGUCAAGAAAAGGGUGGUGUCCCUUCUGCAGGUGGACCCGGCUCCCAGCGGGGGGACAGUUAUUCAUAACUCCUGGGUGGAGGGGGGAGGCCAGAGGAAGAACCGCAAGCCACGGGUGGAGGCCAGCGAUUGCACUGAUCGAUGCCUCACAGAGGCAGUGAGGGAAUGAGGCUGGUCUUCAGUGUGUUUGAGCGUGUGUGGGUGUGUGUGUGUGUGUGUGUGUGUGUGAAUUUGAAGAAUUGUAUGUAUGUAUUGCUAGAGAUGGAUCGUGUGUAUAUUCGUGCACGGUUGUGAGAAAAACCAGUUAGUUUACAAAGGUCAGGACGAAUCCCAUGACCGCUGGUUCCAUGCAGAUACAGCAGAGACAGGUGAGCUCUAAUUAGAGCCUGCUUUCUGCUCUUCUUAUACACUGGCCCUCAUUAGUCCACUUUCUGACUGACAAGGUGGCCACUGUGUCACCAUGACAACACUGGCCACGCAUACACCAUAUAGCCAUGGCUACUGAAAUUAUACUAGUGUGCACCCCAUUUGUAGGAUAAGGGUUAGACAACAGCAAAUGCAUACAUUACUACUCCUGCGUGCACUUUCAACUUGCAUGUGCAUGUACAUAUGCACACACACAUAUGGACACACACACACACACACACACACACACACACACACACACACACACACUUAAUGCACACUGAUCAAUAUUUAGUCAUUAUCUGUGAAAGCACACCAAUAUCUACCUGCACAGAUAUUCUCAGUGAGAAAAAAUAUUAAUGGAAGUCUAUAUUUCUCUUUCUUUCCCUCAUUUUUUCAUGCCUUAAUUGAGUUAUUAAUAUAUUCUUGUGGUGCUGAAUGUCCUGCUGUAUGUUUACAAAAAUGUAUCUGAGUGAAAGUGUUUGCACAUACUAUAUAAGGUAUAGCAAAUUAAUGGCGGGUAAAUACUAGCGUUCAGAAUAAAAGUUUACAGGCUCAUAUGAAACUACCAGGGAACUGCAAAAAAAAAACUGAUUCCGAUUUCAUUUCCUGUAAGCACCAUAUUUCACAAGAAUGUGUGCAAGUUAAAACUAAAAGGCAUGACUUUAUUUAUUUUUUUCAAAUAAACUUUAAAGGAUAACUUCAUUUUUCAACCUGAAUCCUAUUUUCACAUGUUUUUGUGUCUAAGUGACUAAUGGGGACAACACUUUUUGAAAUUGGUCCUGUAUUGAGGGAGAACGCUGCAGCAGUCAACCGCUAAACAAGCUGCGACCUGGGCUACCGUCAGUUUACGUCCACUAAAAGUGCUUGUUUUUGCCACUGACAGGCUCAGAUUGCGUUUUUCUUACCUUUUGCUUGAUCCGUUCUGUUUGUUAUUGUGUGUCUCGCUCGGAGACGCCUCGCUCUGAAACCUUGCGUUGCAUCCACAUAUUUGAAAUAAUCUAAAUAUUCAGCCAUGACAUUGAAAAUAUUUUAGAUAACACUAAGCUACGCUUUCUGUACUCCAACACAACAAACUCUGACAACACCAGUAUCCCGUGCCACUCUUACUCACAUUUCCACCGUUGUCUUUUCUGGCAACAAGUCACAUGACACAAUAACAAACAGGAAGCAAAGAUAAAAAAUAAUGUUUAAUUUCUCUAUAGGGUCCUUUCCAUAGUGUUGUCAGACAUUUAUAAUAACAAUCUGAGCCUGUCAUGACAAAAACAAGCACUUUUAGUGGACAUAAAUUGUUGUCCCCUUUACUCACUUAGACAUAAAAGCAUGGGAAAAUAGGGUCCGGGUUGAAAAGUACCAAAGUUACCCUGUAAGAGUAACGGUCAUGACGACAUAAGCGAGGGUGUGUGAUUGCGUUCGUAUGGUCGCAUGGUGUGCAUGUACGCAUGUGUGUUUGCGCGUGCGGUUGCGUAAAUGAAUGAAUGAAUGAGCCGUGCGCAUCCGUGAUUAUGUGCAAUAAAUCAUCUAAAAAGCAAUGACCCCAAGGAUGUGAACAAAGAGAAUGUGAACACAGAAUUGUUGGCUUUCUAUUUACGGUUUAGAUUACUGGGGGAAGAGAGAAGAAAGGGGACUUAAUCUUCUGAUUAACAGAAAGAGGCCACUUGGCAUAAUAUAUAAAAGCAGAUUACUUGGAGCAAUUGUAAGUACACAGACCACUGUAACACACUACUGAACUUGUAUCACUUCAGUUUUAAAGUGGAAAUCAAAGGGCAACAUUUUGUGAAAACUGUCUGUAGUCACUGCAGGUAAACUAGCAUCUUAUACCGGAGAAAUCCCAACGCGGGGCACAUAAAACUACUGACACGGGACAUCUCCUCGUGUUGGCUGUUUGUUGCUCUGGAGGGCAGAGUCACUGCUUUUGGACAGUACUUUGAAUGACUGCAGAGGCAGAAAGGCCUCUUGACUGAGUCCUGGACAUGUUACACUAUAUCUGUGUCUCUCUUUCUCCUCAGGGCUUCAUGUCUCAUUUCUCAACGUGCUGGACAUAAAACAACAAACCAGCCCUCAAUCAGCUGUUGUAUAAUGGGUGUUACAGUAGGUAAAGAUUUAUGUCAGUAAGUAGAUAGAGUACACUUUAAACUUUAUAAUGGGCUCUUGGAGAUCGUCUUUGGGAUCUGGGCUAUCUCCUUCAUCCUCACCCCUUUUACACUAUUUGUGAGCCAGACAAAAGACAAUAAUUCUUGUGUAUUCAUGUACAUUUUUCAGGGAUGUAAAUAUUGAAGUGUCUGUUUUAGGUUUUAGUCAAAGAAAAUUGUUUUUCUUUUUUGGUCACAAUCAUCUGCCGGACAGAAAAUCAGCCAUUGUGAUAAAAAAAAACUCUGAGUGAGCGAGUUGGAAAGCUACUGUAAAGAGAAGAUACAUGUAAGUGUAUUUGUGUUAAUACUGUAUGUGUGUACACUGUACUGUACAUUUAUGACCACGUGUAUAGAGAACUAUUAGUAUUGUAUAAGAUUUAUAUUACGUGUUAUUGUAUAGAACAGAACAGAAUCUGUAUUAAAAAGAUGAUCUAUCUAACAAUUGA